AUGGGCAGCUCAAGGAGGACUGACGGCGGCGAGCUCCUGCGGGCGACCAGCCCCCGCCACACCGACACCGAGUCCUCCCUCGCCCCCGAGGCCUCUAGGGAAGCACCGCUGGGCCGCGUUAGUGUCCAGCCGCCACCUGAGACGGGGGCGGCCGACGCCUCGUCGCGCCGCUCCGUCAGCAACGGCACCACGAUUGAGCUCAGCAUCCGAGCGGACUCGGUGACGACGCUGUCGCCGCUGGGCAGGAAGGGGAGCGUGCGGCUAAGGGGGCCCUUCGCCUCGUAG